UAUACGGUAAACACUUGUAACCAAUUAAAAUUAAAUAAAUUAAUUUUCAUUUGAGUAUGACAGAUGAUGAAUUAGAGUCCAAUGAAAAAAAUAUAAAGGUUUUUGUGAGAAUUUUACCACUUGAAAAGAUAUGUGAAACGUGCGCAAAAAUUGAUACUGAACAUAAGACAAUAUGCAUAAGAUGUUUACAAGAUUUGUAUAUGAGGAGAUCUGCUAUAAACAAUCAUAUUUAUUGGUGCUUUCAAACAGAUGGAAUUUUUUAUAAUGCAUCUCAAGAAGAAGUUUAUUAUGCUACAACGAAAAAUCUUAUAGAGAAGGUUUUAGAUGGUGUAAACUGUAUAAUAUAUAGUUAUGGCCAAAUUGGCUCUGGAAAAAGUUUUACGAUUGGUGGUUUCAGAAAUAACUGGGAAGUACGAUUCUUAAACAUUGAUACGUUAAAAUUGAAAAUUGUAUUAUAUAUGAACAAUAAAUGUAGUAGUUAAAUUCAUUUUCUCAGCACAGAGGAUUGGUUAUGCGGCUUCUGUCUGAUAUGUUUGUAGAAAAAGCAAAACGAAGGAAAUUUAAUAAGAUACAGUAUCAGUUAAGUUUUGUUGAAUUACGGGGUAAAGAAGUAAAAGAUCUUUUACUUGCUAAAACAGAAAACAGAAUUAAAAUA